UUAUAUAAAUUAAAGAAAAAAAAAAAUAAAAAAUUCCACUGAUAAUAAUAACAGCACAGUCUAUUCAUUGUUGGCUUCACACAAAUCACAAUUUUGUCAGCAGCAAAUUACAUCAAAAUUAUUCAUACCCAAAGCUAAAAAUUCAAUAUCAACAAAUAAAUUAAAUAAAUAAACAAUGGCAGAAACAUUAGAUAAAGGUUUAUUAUUGGGAUUGGGAAAUCCAUUGUUGGACAUAUCAGCAACUGUUGAUGAAGAUUUUUUGAAAAAAUAUGAUCUAAAAGCAAAUGAUGCUAUUCUUGCUGAUGAAAAACACAAGCCACUUUAUGAUGAACUCAUUGAACAAUACAAAGCUGAAUUUAUUGCUGGUGGUUCUGUUCAAAACACCUUGAGAGUUGCACAGUGGUUUUUGGAGCAACCUCAUGUUGCAACAUUUAUGGGCUGUGUUGGAAAAGACAAGUACUCGAAAAUAUUAGAAGAUAAAGCACGUGAAAAUGGACUAAAUGUUUGCUAUCAAUUUCAUGAGACAGAACCAACUGGUACAUGUGGUGUUAUGAUUACAGACAAACACAGAUCAUUAUGUGCAAAUUUAGCAGCUGCAAAUUGUUUUUCACCACUUCAUAUUAAAGAUUCUGAUAAUUAUAAACUUUUAGAAGCUGCAAAAUAUAUUUAUAUAUCUGGUUUUUUCUUGACUGUUAGUCCAGAAACAAUUCAAGAAGUUGCUAAACACGCACAUAAUAAUGACAAAGUAUUUAUGAUGAAUUUAAGUGCACCAUUUCUUUGUGAAUUAUUUAAAAAACCAAUGAUGGAUGCUUAUCCAUAUGUUGAUAUAUUAUUUUGCAAUGAAACUGAAGCUGAUACAUUUUCUAAAGUUCAUGAAUUUAAUACAACUGAUAGAAAAGAAAUUGCACUUAAAAUGAUGAACAUGGAAAAAAUUAAUAAUAAAAAAAAAAGAAUUGUCAUUAUAACACAAGGUGCUGAUAAAGUUAUUCUUGCAAAGGAUGAUAGCAUCAGUGAAUAUGAAGUAUCCAAAAUUCCAGAAGAAAGAAUUAUUGAUACAAAUGGUGCUGGUGAUGCAUUUGUUGGAGGUUUUCUUUCACAGUAUAUUCAAGGUAAAGACAUUGAAAUAUGUAUUAAAUAUGGAAUUUGGGCUGGUACAGCUAUUGUCCAACGUUCUGGUUGUACAUUUGAAGGAAAACCAGAUAUUUCAAUUUAAUUAUCAUCAUAAAAAUCAUAUAAUUAUCAUAAUUGUUUUGCCAAUUUUAUUUUAACACAAUAUUUUUAUAUAAAUAUGUAUUUUCAGUUGAAUUAUUUUCAAAUAUUCACUUGUGUCAAAUAAAAGGUAAACAAACAAACAAA